ACGUAUCUAUAUGAUAUGUAAAUUAAAAAGAUAAUUUAUUCCUAAUUGAUUAAACCCAACUGUAACCAUUUUUUCAAACCAUAAUACAUUACGAAUAUAUAUGAACAUAAACCAAAUCUUAAAUAGAUAUGCAUAUUUCUAUUAUGCUAUGGAUGAUAAAUAUUGUUAUCUACAUUUAAUAAUGUCAGUUAUGUAGUUAAUGAUUUUAUUUAAUCUCAACCGAUACCGACAUCGCAAUAAAUACAUUUUUGUCAAUUUGUUAAUUAAUUGUUACUUAAAAUUUGUAUAAAAUAUAAGUAUACAAGUUAUUAUUUUUACACUGUUAUUUAAGGAAGUUUGAAUUGACAAGUAGUGUCUCGAGUAUGUAUACGUCUACCGAAGUUGUAAUUAAUAAAUCUGAUAAUAUUACGGAUUUUUACAUCGGUUUAGGAUUAGCCGUUACUUCUAGUGUUUUUAUAGGUGCAAGUUUUAUCAUUAAAAAAAUAGCUUUAAUUCGACUUCAGAGAUUUGGUGGAUUACGUGCUUCUUCUGGUGGUUAUGGGUACCUUAAAGAAUGGAUAUGGUGGGCCGGUUUGAUUUCAAUGGGCAUAGGAGAAGCCGCCAAUUUUACAGCGUAUGCAUUUGCCCCUGCCUCCUUGGUUACACCCUUAGGUGCUCUAAGUGUUUUAGUGUCUGCAAUUUUAGCAUCAAAAUGUCUUAAUGAAAAACUUAAUUUGCUGGGAAAGAUUGGAUGUUUCUUAUGCAUUCUUGGCUCAACAGUAAUAAUACUUCAUUCACCAAAAGAAGAAGAAGUUAAUAGUUUAGAUGAACUUCUUGACAAAAUUAAAGCACCAGGUUUUAUUAGUUACGUUUUUAUUGUAAUAUUAUGUUGUUUGUUUAUAAUAUUUUAUUUUGGUCCUGCUUAUGGAAAUCAGAAUGUAAUUGUUUAUAUACUUUUAUGUUCAUCGAUAGGUUCAUUGACAGUAAUGAGUUGUAAAGGGAUAGGAUUAGCAUUGAAAGAAACUAUGUCAUUUUCAGGCGCAUUUUCCAAUUUCUUGACAUGGCUAUUUUUAUUAAGUAUUAUCUGUUGCAUUACAUUGCAAAUGAAUUAUUUAAAUAAAUCAUUGGAUUUAUUUGAUACUACUAUUGUUAUGCCAAUCUAUUAUGUAUGUUUUACAACAUUGGUUAUAGUAGCAUCAGCGAUACUGUUCAGAGAAUGGCAGAAUAUAAGAAGUGAGGAUAUUGUAGGAUCUUUUUGUGGUUUUUUUACGACCAUAGUAGCAAUAUUUUUGCUUAAUGCUUUUAAAAUGAUGGAUAUUAGUUACAAUAACAUUAGGCACAUUUUAAGGCCGAAAAAAGAAUUAGUUGUUGUCAACUCAAAUUUGCAUUGGAAUAUAAGAGAUACAGAACGGUUAAUAUCCAGAAAUAUUAAUACAGAUCAUUUUUAUGGAUCAUCAGAUAUUAGCAGAACUGUAUAAUGUAAUAAGUAAAUAUAUACCAAUAAUAAAAAUAAGCAAAGACAAAUUUAUACUAUAUUUAAAAUUAUAAAUACAAAAUAGUUUAUUUUUUAGUUAAAAUAUUUUAUAAGACGACUACUACCUAUUUAUCAGUAUUUUUUAAUAGCUCACAUAUUCAUAAUUAUUUUUAGUAAUCGAUGAAAGUAUAUAUAAUAAGUCGUAUGGCAGUUGUAAUUAAAAAAUAUCAUUGUAUAUAACACAGUACAAACGAAGAUCUAGUCUAAUGAAAAUAUUUAUUAUAUUCUUGCAAUAAUAUAAUAUUAUUUACCUUAAUAGGUAAAAAAAUCAA